AUGAAGCGCAGCCAAAUGCUCAAAGACACGGUGAAAAAAAGCAAAAUUCCAACGGAUGUCUACAGAAAGCAACAGAAGAAGAAAGAGAGAAAAAAAAAAACACAGGAGUGGUCCGAACAGCUGGAAAAACUUGUGAGCACAAAGAACCCACAUAUCGUCAAGGAAAAGUUAGAUGCUCUGAGGAUAAGGGAGCAGCAGGGGAAACUCCUUCAUGUGGAAAAAAAAAAACUCAAGCAGUAUGAAACUUUGUGGAAUUUGAUAAAGGAAAAGGUGAAAGAUGGGAGCUACUUCUACAGUAACAAUGGGGUGGUGUUUAGCAUAAGUGGAAAGCACGGGGAAGGCGCUGCAGGAAGCGGUGAUGAUGUAGACGCCGGUAACGCUGCACCUAACGUUGUUGGUGAAGACAACUUCUCUCGUGAAGACAACUUUUCUGGGGAUAAUCGCCAGGAUGGGGCACCUGGCGGCGAAAGCGACUACGCCAGCUCAGAUAUCGAAGUGAGUUCAGAGUCAUCCGAUGAGAAUGAUGGCUCAAGCAGCGUGCGAAGUAGUGACGUAAACGGAUGGCAGGGUGAUGAUUUAAUAACAGCUUCAGGGGGGGAAGACCAGGAGGAGGACUUCUUCCUGGACUCCCUACCCUCCCUGCCAAAAGGACUACCCGAUGAAUUUAUCAUACCGAACAUGAAUGCAUACUCGAAUGAGGGUUAUUAUCCCAAUGCUAAUGUAAAUAACUACCCGAGUGCAAACAGAUACGCAAGUUACAAGCCACCUGUCCAGUUUAACGCCACAGGCAUGGGCAGUGGGUGUCAUCCGUACAACAAUAAUGGGUACUAUGGUGGAUAUCCAAAUGGCCUAAAUUUUUAUUUCGGCACUGGGUACCCUGCCCAGUAUGUAUAUCCGAUCGGGAGCAAAAGUUGCCUUGAUAGGCAAGGUAAGAAAGAAGAAGCCAUUCCAACAGAUGAUGGGCAGAAACAGGGGAACAGCGAAAAUUGCAGCAAGGACAACCUUCCCCGCCCUGGUGAAGACAAAAUGGAUCCGACUUCUUCAAAAUUGAGUAGUAACGUAUUUAACGUUUCGAGCAAUGCAGAGGAGUUUUCCCCCGAGGGAGAUCCUACUUUAGCCAUUGCUGGAACAGAGGAUGUCAACGCUUCCAAGGACGCCCAUGGGGAUUGCCCUGCGAUUUGUGUUAACCCUAACCAAAAUGAAGGAGAGAAAAAUUCUGCCCAUGACGGUGCGGGAAGCCACCUGAGUGUUGCCGAGAUUGAUUGCAAAGCAUCAAACGAAAAAGAUGACACAGCACCAUCGUCUCCAUCAAUCGUUCCCUACAGUGGCUACCCGAACAAUGACACGCACAACCCCUUUAUCGCUCCCAGUUAUGGUAGCAACUACUACUACAAUUACGCGCACAUCUCUGGCAAUUUUAAUAGGGGCCAAAUGAAUCGAGGCAAUUGUUUCAUCCCCACAAAUAACAACAUGACGAUGUGGGGCGUUCCUAAUUUAAGGGGGGGAUGCGGGUAUGUUGCUCCUUCAAGGAACUACAGAGAUAGGGGAAAGAGGCAUAGCAACCCUAAUAGGGGUAGGGGGGGGAAUCCCGCAUCAAAGAAGGCUCGAAUGGGGGCUAGCGGGGCAGACUAUGGCUUCCCAGUGAGUCAUCCAGAUGAGUAUGAUCAGAGUAGGCGUGGGGGCAAUGCCCACCUAAGUGGUUAUGCUGAACGUGGUCGGGGGGAAAGGCGGCCUUAUCCACGGCAGCGAAAUCAAGAGGACCGGACGACGGAACCGCACCAUCGACAAGAAGAGGACCCACAGCCAACCGCGCAGUAUUUCGUGCCCAUCAAUUUAAGACUAAAGAACAAACUAAACGAUCUGUGCGAAACAAAAAUUAACGAAGUUAAGAAGGAAAGGAAUGUUAGCCACAAAAAUAUUAACAUAGACGUAGAAUACAGUAAGUUCAUAAAAGAGGUAGAUUUGGGAUAG